AUGUCCGGAUACUACAAUCAGGAGUACCAGCACCAGCCUGGCGCCGGACAACAAGGCUAUGGGCAGGGCUACCCUGAUCAGUAUCAGCAUCAACAACAGCAACAGCCGCAGCAUCAAUACCUUGACCCUUCCGCGCAAUACAAUCAUCCUCCGCCGCCGCGGUCUGCGUCUGGAUCUCCGUAUCCUCCUCAGGAAGGGUAUGGCUAUGGUCAUCCUCAGCAGCAUCAACAGCAGCAGCAGCAGAGUUAUGGCUAUAAUCAGCAUCAACAACCGCCUCCAUAUGAAGAUCAUCAAAAAACUGGAACGGCGCAUGAGUACUACAACACUCACGACAGCAACGUCCCGCGCAUAGAACACCAAUCCGCUCCCGACACCACCGACCCCUCAGAAUCCGGCGAGCGCGGUCUGGGAGGCGGCCUCCUCGGCGGCGCCGCAGGCAUGUUUGCCGGGCACAAAGCCAAUCACGGACUUUUAGGCACAAUCGGCGGCGCAAUAGUGGGCAGUAUGCUCGAGAAUCAGGCAUUCGUCGAGGUCGUCGCAUCAUUCGCAUCGGUCGAGGGGAAGGAGUUCGUCGUCGAGUGGUGGCAGUGA